UGCACUGCCGUCGUCGCCGUCCGCAGUGCUCUCAAGUCCACCACCAGCAUCGACCCGCUUUCUUUCUCUAUCGCACUUGACUUGGAUAGCCACCUCUCGCUUGGUUUGAUAUCCGCGCGAUGUCGCUGCAGAUCAAUCUGUCAGGCCGGGACUUGACGCAGGCGUAUCAGGACGUUUUGAACGGCCAGGUGGACUGGGCCGUGUUCACGUACGAAAAGGGCUCAAACGACCUCAAGGUGCAGUCCACCGGUGAUGGCGGCCUGGAGGAACUCCAAGAGGAGUUCUCGGACGGGAGGAUGCAGUACGCGUUUGCACGCGUCAAGGAUCAGAAUAGUGAGCUGCCAAAGUUUGUCCAGAUCAACUGGUGCGGCGACGGCGUCCCCGUCGCCCGCAAGGGCCUCUUCCCUACGCAUUCCAGUGCCGUCGCCAACUUCCUUCGAGGCACACACGUCGUCAUUACAGCUCGCAACGAGUCCGACGUCACGCCCGCCCUAAUCAUGUCCCGCGUCGAGGUCGCUUCAGGCUCGAAUUACUCCGUGCAUAAGGAAACGGCACGCAAGUUCGAGCCCAUCGCGCCCGUCGGCACGAACUACAAGCCCGUUGGCAAGGUCGACAUCGGCGCGAUCAGGAGUGCCGCAGCCACACCGGCCAAGCCCGCACUGCCCAGUGCGCCGAGGCCGGUACCGACGGCACCGUCGCCCAUACCUGGGAUGGGAAGGUUCCCUACCGCGAACAGGGCACCCGCGAACCCCUGGUCGGACGAGACGACGACGGCGCCGUCGCCUAUACCUGGGAUGGGAAGGUUCCCUACCGCGAACAGGGCACCCGCGAACCCGUGGUCGGACGAGACGACGACGGCGCCGUCGCCUAUACCUGGAACGGGCAGAUUCCCUACCACGAACAGGGCACCCGUGAACGCGUGGUCGGACGAGACGAAAACAACGCCGUCGCCUAUACCUGGGAUGGGCAGGUUCCCUAUCGCGAACAGGGCACCCGUGGACGCGUGGCCGGAAGAGACGAAGACGGCCCCACCGCCCGCGCCGCCAUCGGCGACCCGUCCGAAUUAUAUGGGAGGUGCCGCUCUACCUGUGCACGCUGCUCCCCCUGCCACGGCGCGUUUCGUCCCACUUCCUCCGGAACCCGCAGCCUCGCCCUCGCCCUCGCCCGAAGAGUCAGACCAGAUUGGACCCGUGGGCACAGCAUAUAUACCGAUCAGAUUGCAUCCCAAGAAGCUCGUAAACCCUUUCGCCGCGAUGGAGGCCAGGGCGCAGGAAGAAGCGCAGGGUGUCCAGAUCAAGCCGCAGCCAUCAGGCAAAAAGCUGACCUGGAGCGAACGCCAAGCACUGGCGAAAAAGCAGGAAGAGCAAGAGGAGGCACGCAGCCGUGCAGCGUCGUUUCGUUCAUCGCCCGCUGCGGCGUCGCCAUCCUGGCAAAGUCGUCGGCUGGCUUCUCCCGAGUCGCCUCCUGCGCCUGCACCAGAGCCAGAAGAGGAAGCUUACGCUCCUCCUCCCCCACCUCCGCCGCCUGCUGCGACGCGUCCUGUAGUACCUGCGGCCGCACCUUCCCCUCCUCCUCCGCUCGCACCACAUCCUGAGCCAGAAGAGGCAGCCGAAGAGGAAGCAGUGCCUCCUCCCCCGCCUCCCCCUCCCCCUCCGCCACCACCUAUGCCAGCUACUCCUGCAGCAGUGCACGCACCAGAGCCAACGCCUCAGCCGGAGCCCGAACCCGAACCCGUACGACAGGCGGCUCCUCAGGGACGCGGGUUGUGCGCUAUCGUGCAAUUUGAUUACGAGGCGACCGAAGAUAACGAAAUGACCCUUGUCGAGGGCGAGCUAAUCGAAGAAAUAGAGCAGGUAGACGAAGGAUGGUGGUCUGGAGUCGGCGCUGGUGGUGCGAAGCGGGGACUGUUCCCUUCGAACUACGUAGAAUUAAUAGAGCAACCGGAAGAGGCCGCGGCAGCGACGCCACCGCCUGCAUCUCCAUCUCCACCUCCACCACCCCCGCCGCCGCCUCCCCCGCCGCCGCCUGGGCCUGCUGCGGCCCCUGCUGCGGCCGAGCCGGCGCCUGAACCGGCUCCCGAGCCUGCGAAGAACGGCGUGACGGCGAUCGCACUAUACGACUAUGAUGCAUCAGAAGACAACGAGCUGACGUUCCGGGAGGGUGACCGGAUCGUCGAGAUCGAAGAGAUAGACGAGGGCUGGUGGCAGGGCAAGGACCAGCAUGGGAACGUCGGGCUGUUCCCUGCGAACUACGUGCAGGUGGAAUAAGGCCGCGGGGCGGUGCGUGCGUCACGACGCGAGGAAGAAGGGCCCCACAAUUUGCUCGGGUUGAUGGCGGAAA